UCGUGAAAAUGAUUGAAGCCUACGUGAGGAACAGCUUGGUGCUAACGAAGGCUAGCAAAGUGUUGUCAUAUUUUUCGCCAAUCACACUCAUCCUGACGAUGAUGAUACUGGGAGCCGUCUAUGUGUACAACAAGCGAAGAGCUCGUUUGGUUAAAUUGAUCGAGAAAAUUCCCGGACCUGCCAGCCUGCCACUGCUGGGCAAUAGUCUGCACAUCAACGUGGAUCACGACGAAAUAUUCAACCGCAUCAUCGCGAUCCGCAAGCUGUAUGGACGCAGUCAAGGAUUCAGCCGGGCUUGGAACGGACCGAUGCCUUAUGUAAUGAUAUCGGAGGCCCACGCUGCCGAGCCAAUCCUGGGAAGCCCCAAACACAUCGAGAAGAGCCACGACUACGAAUUCCUUAAACCAUGGCUUGGCACCGGUCUGUUGACCAGUCAGGGCAAGAAGUGGCACCCUCGUCGAAAAAUCCUCACACCCGCAUUCCACUUCAAAAUCCUGGACGAUUUCGUAGACAUCUUCCAGGAGCAAAGCGCCGUCCUCGUGAAGCGGCUGGAGAACGAAAUAGGUAACGAUGAAGGCUUCAACUGCUUUCCCUAUGUGACGCUCUGUGCGCUGGACAUCGUUUGUGAAACUGCCAUGGGUAGACUCGUGAACGCCCAGAUGAACUCCGAUUCAGAAUACGUAAAAGCCGUUUAUCAAAUCGGAGGAAUCGUCCAGAGUCGUCAGCAGAAAAUAUGGCUCCAACCGGACUUUAUCUUCAAACGCACCAAAGACUACAAAAAUCAUCAGCGAUGUCUGGCGAUUUUGCACGAGUUCUCCAAUCGAGUGAUUCGCGAGCGCAAGGAGGAAAUUCUGAAACAGAAUCUCUCGAACAACAAUUUUGCUCCCGAGGAGUUCGGUCGGAAGAAACGUCUAGCCUUUCUGGAUCUGCUGAUAGAAGCAUCUCAGGAUGGAACCGUGUUAUCCACCGAGGACAUCCGAGAGGAAGUCGACACGUUCAUGUUCGAAGGUCAUGACACUACAUCGGCGGCGAUUUCAUGGAUACUGCUGCUGCUGGGAGCCGAGCCAUCGAUCCAGGAUCGCAUCGUAGAGGAAAUAGACCUGAUUAUGGGUGGCGAUCGGGAACGAUUUCCAACCAUGGCCGAGCUCAACGAAAUGAAGUACCUGGAGUGCUGCAUCAAAGAAGGGCUGCGACUCUACCCAAGUGUGCCACUAAUUGCCAGGAAACUGGUUGAAGAUGUCCAAAUCGAUGACUACACCAUCCCUGCCGGCACGACAGCGAUGAUCGUGGUCUACCAGUUGCACCGAAACCCCAAGGUCUUCCCCAAUCCGGAUAAAUUCAACCCAGACAACUUUCUGCCGGAAAACUGCAGGGGUCGGCAUCCCUAUGCGUACAUCCCGUUCAGCGCCGGACCACGCAACUGUAUCGGACAGAAGUUUGCCGUGCUUGAGGAAAAGUCAAUCAUCUCGGCUGUGCUGCGGAAGUAUCGCAUCGAGGCGGUAGACCGGCGGGAAAAUCUCACCCUGCUGGGGGAACUGAUUCUGCGACCGAAGGAUGGCUUACGGAUAAAGAUCAGUAGACGAGAUUGAUGAGAUUAUUGAAACAAUUAUCGUUUAGAUGUAUUUUUUUUUGUAAUUGUAAGCUUUUUUGUGUUUAUACCUUAGGUUUAAAUGCGUGCAUAUUCCAAUGAGAUGUGGGUGCGUCAAUUAAUGUAUGAUAAUGAAUGUCUUCUGUAUCGUUAUAAUCGAGAGGACACAGCAGGCAGCAUGAACAGGGAUGUGUAACAAUUUUUGAUGUCACUUAAAAAUCAAACCCCCAACGAAUCCUGUAAUACAACGAGCAAUGCAAUAAAAUUGAAGCGGAGCCAUUCGCUUCGGCUAUUUUUAAACUCUACUUGUUGACUUUUUAUCAUUGAUUGUGUCUCUCACUGAAAUCUUUUUUCCCGAAACAAAAGUACUCGAUAUCGAUUUUCUGCGCCCGAUCAAGAAUCUAUCACUUUUAAAAUCAUCUGAACACUUGAAGCAUCCUAGUUAGUGUUAUCGAGUCGGGCAAAGCUGAGAGAUUUUAUUUGGAAUUUAAACUUCUUCGUUGUUUUGCUCAAUAUUUGGCUACUCGAGCUCCCUUAAAUUCCCAUAUGGUACUCUUUGUGGCUUACAAGAUGUUUUGCUAUUCACGAUCAUUCAUCCACUGUCUUUGGAUUGAAUCGUCUUCUGCUCAAUUCACGCGAAGCCAAGACGGUUAUAGAUUGUUUCUCGUAAUCAAACUGUUUUAGGCCGAAACGAAAACGAAAUAGAAAACUAAUCCGCAAAUAAUUUUCCAUCAGAUAUAUUAUUCUUCUAAGAGAGAUUGCGCUGGGAAAGAUUCAAAAACGAAGAACUUGGGUUCUACAUUUUUGAGCCAAAUUCCAGCGGCAUAAAGGAUGAGUUUUCUUCAUCGCAUCGUGACGGAUGAUGAAAAA